UUUUCGGGAAAAACAAGGUAAGAAGACCUUACUCUCACCCCUCGCCAGUCGCCAUUGCCGGUCGCCUCCUUUGCUGCUGCUGCUUGUUACCCUUUUGCUCAUUCAAGGGCAUUCAAACAGCUUCAAGUAUAGCAGAAUAAAUCAAAUCAAAUCAAAUCAAAAUCUUCUUCUUCAUUAUACAGAUCGAGAAUGCAGAGAUCUUUAACGUCGUUGGCUCGGCCGCUUGUGAUAGCCCGAGGAUUCUGCACGAGCCCCGAGAAAAUCGUAGCUUCCGUGUUGUUCGAGCGCUUGCCUGUUGUAAUCCCGAAAAUUGACCCUGUCGUUUACGCGUUUCAGGAGUUCUCGUUUCGGUCGCGACAACAAUAUCGACGCAGAUAUCCGGAUGAACUUUUAGAUAAGUCUAAUUCUAGGGGAAAAGGUGACUACCAAAUGGAGUAUGUACCAGCUCCACGGAUCACAGAAGCUGACAAAAAGAAUGACAAGAAGUCAUUACAGAGAGCACUUGACAGAAGACUCUACCUUCUGCUCUAUGGCAAAGCAUAUGGAGCUCCUGGCGGUGAGCCUGUCUGGCAUUUUCCAGAAAAAGUAUAUGGAUCUGAGAAGACAUUGCGCAAUUGUGCAGAGUCUGCAUUAGAAUCUGUGAUUGGAGACCUUUCCCACACAUAUUUUGUAGGAAAUGCUCCAAUGGGUCAUAUUAUACAGCCAGCAGAUACCAAGUCAAACAUUCCAUCUUUUAAGCGAUUCUUCUUCAAGUCCCAGGUUAUUGCAACCAACAAGUUUGAUAUUGGGAAGUGUGAGGAUUUUGUUUGGGUGACCAAGGAUGAACUUUUGGAGUAUUUUCCUGAGCAAGCUGAAUUUCUCAACAAGAUGAUCAUUAGCUGAUGCAACAAUCCUAUCCAGUUUCCAAUCCACACAAUAGAUUGUUUUAAGAAAAUGUCGAUGAUUAAUACCUAUCUAUUAGGCUGCGGGAUGCAGUUGAGAUUUUGCCAGAGCAUUAGAUAGGUUUGGCACUGCAUGAACCAUUUUGUUUCAAGGUGCUGUUUUUGUACGUACGUUAAUCUCCU